CGCGAGGGCGCCGCGGAGAACGGCCGCGGUCCUGUCCGGUCCCUGCCGGAGUGGCCCGGAGGAGGACGGCGAGGAGCAAGGUGUGUGAAACUCUUCCUGAUUUCUGGAGAAAAAUGCCGGUCCGGAAGCAAGGUGAAAAUUUAUUUCAGAACUCACAUACCCAGAGAGCGUUGCACCUUUUGGAAGAGUAUCGUUCUAAACUAAGUCAAACUGAAGAUAGACAGCUCAGAAGUUCCAUAGAACGGGUUAUUAACAUAUUUCAGAGCAACCUCUUUCAGGCUUUAAUAGAUAUUCAAGAAUUUUAUGAAGUGACCUUACUGGAUAAUCCAAAAUGUGUAGAUCGUUCAAAGCAGUCGGAACCAAUUCAGCCUGUCAAUACCUGGGAAAUUUCUAGCCUUCCAAGCACUACUGUGACUUCAGAGACACUGCCAAGCAGCCUUAGUCCUAAUGUAGAGAAAUACCGAUACCAGGAUGAAGAUAUACCUCCUCAAGAGCACAUUUCCCCACAAAUCACUAAUGAGGUGAUAGGCCCAGAAUUGGUUCAUGUCUCAGAGAAGAACCUGUCAGAGAUUGAGAAUGUCCAUGGAUUUGUUUCACAUUCUCAUAUUUCACCAAUAAAGCCAACAGAAGCUGUACCUCCCUCCUCUCCCACUGUCCCUGUGAUCCCUGUCCUGCCAGUCCCUGCUGAGAAUACUGUCAUCCUACCCACCAUACCACAGGCAAAUCCUCCUCCGGUACUGGUCAACACAGAUAGCUUGGAAACACCAACUUAUGUUAAUGGCACUGAUGCAGAUUAUGAAUAUGAAGAAAUCACACUUGAGAGGGGAAAUUCAGGGCUUGGUUUCAGCAUUGCAGGAGGUACAGAUAACCCACACAUUGGAGAUGACUCAAGUAUUUUCAUUACCAAAAUUAUUACAGGGGGAGCAGCUGCCCAAGAUGGAAGAUUGCGGGUAAAUGACUGUAUAUUGCGAGUAAAUGAAGCAGAUGUUCGUGAUGUAACACAUAGCAAAGCAGUUGAAGCACUGAAAGAAGCAGGGUCUAUUGUACAUUUGUAUGUAAAAAGACGGAAACCAGUAUCAGAAAAAAUAAUGGAAAUAAAGCUCAUUAAAGGUCCUAAAGGUCUUGGGUUCAGCAUUGCUGGAGGUGUUGGAAAUCAGCAUAUUCCUGGGGAUAAUAGCAUCUACGUAACCAAAAUAAUUGAAGGAGGUGCAGCACAUAAGGAUGGUAAACUUCAGAUUGGAGAUAAACUUCUAGCAGUGAAUAGUGUAUGUUUAGAAGAAGUUACUCAUGAAGAAGCAGUAACUGCUUUAAAGAACACGUCUGAUUUUGUUUAUCUGAAAGUGGCAAAACCCACAAGUAUGUACAUAAAUGAUGGUUAUGCACCACCAGAUAUCACCAACUCAGCUUCUCAGCCUGUUGAUAAUCAUGUUAGCCCAUCUUCCUUCUUGGGCCAGACACCAGCAUCACCAGCCAGAUACUCACCAGUUUCUAAAGCAGUGCUUGGAGAUGAUGACAUUACUAGGGAACCUAGAAAAGUUAUUCUUCAUCGUGGCUCAACAGGCCUUGGCUUCAACAUUGUAGGAGGUGAAGAUGGAGAAGGCAUAUUUAUUUCCUUUAUCUUGGCUGGAGGACCUGCUGAUCUCAGUGGAGAGCUCAGGAAAGGAGAUCGUAUUAUUUCGGUAAAUAGUGUUGAUCUCAGAGCUGCUAGUCAUGAGCAGGCAGCUGCUGCAUUGAAAAAUGCCGGCCAAGCCGUAACAAUUAUUGCGCAGUAUCGACCUGAAGAGUACAGUCGUUUUGAAGCAAAAAUACAUGACUUACGGGAGCAGAUGAUGAAUAGUAGCAUUAGUUCAGGAUCAGGCUCUCUGAGAACUAGCCAGAAGCGAUCCCUCUAUGUCAGAGCCCUUUUUGAUUAUGACAAGACUAAAGACAGUGGCCUUCCCAGUCAAGGACUGAACUUCAAAUUUGGAGAUAUCCUCCAUGUUAUUAAUGCUUCAGACGAUGAAUGGUGGCAAGCCAGGCAAGUCACACCUGAUGGUGAGAGUGAGGAAGUUGGAGUGAUUCCCAGUAAACGGAGGGUUGAGAAGAAAGAACGAGCCCGGUUAAAAACAGUAAAAUUCAAUUCUAAAGCAAGAGGAGAUAAAGGGCAGUCAUUCAAUGACAAGCGUAAAAAGAACCUCUUUUCCCGAAAAUUCCCCUUCUACAAGAACAAGGACCAGAGUGAGCAGGAAACAAGUGAUGCUGACCAGCAUGUAACUUCUAAUGCCAGCGAUAGUGAAAGUAGUUACCGUGGUCAAGAAGAAUAUGUCUUGUCUUAUGAACCAGUGAAUCAACAAGAAGUUAAUUAUACUCGACCAGUUAUCAUAUUGGGACCUAUGAAAGACAGAAUAAAUGAUGACUUGAUCUCAGAAUUUCCUGACAAAUUUGGAUCCUGUGUUCCUCAUACAACUAGACCAAAACGAGAUUAUGAGGUAGAUGGAAGAGAUUACCAUUUUGUGACUUCAAGAGAGCAGAUGGAAAAAGAUAUCCAAGAACAUAAAUUCAUUGAAGCUGGCCAAUAUAACAACCAUCUGUAUGGAACAAGUGUUCAGUCUGUACGAGAAGUAGCAGAAAAGGGUAAACACUGUAUCCUCGAUGUGUCCGGAAAUGCCAUAAAGAGAUUACAGAUUGCACAGCUUUAUCCAAUAUCCAUUUUUAUUAAGCCCAAAUCCAUGGAAAAUAUCAUGGAAAUGAAUAAGCGUCUGACAGAAGAACAAGCCAGAAAAACAUUUGAGAGAGCCCUGAAACUGGAACAGGAAUUUACUGAACAUUUCACAGCUAUUGUACAGGGCGAUACGCUGGAAGACAUUUACAACCAAGUGAAGCAAAUCAUAGAAGAGCAGUCUGGUCCUUACAUCUGGGUUCCAGCGAAAGAAAAGUUAUGAGGACUGAUGUUUCUCUACUUCUCUUUUCCACAGUCUCAUUUUCUUUGACACUUCCUUGCCCUUUCCUUUUGGAGUUUGUCUGUAGUACUCCUUUCACGUUGAAUCAUCUCUCACUCAUCAUGGUCUGCGCUUGUGCUUAUUUUUGACAUCUACUGUCUCCUUCACAUUGCAUCAUCGGUAUUACUCUACGUCACCAUUGGUCCCUGGCCAUUUUCCUGAACUGAAGACGGAUGGCCUGACCAGCUGUUAGGGUCUGGGGAGAUGCAGAAAUUGUGGUAAAAUUCCUUAAUGUUUAAGGGAAAGUAACUUUUAAGAGAUUUUUCAGGAUAGCUUUGUAUACAUCCUUUUGAAAUUUUAGUACAAGUGAAAGAAGUGGUUUUAAUCAGUGAUUCAGUAGACUUUGAGCAACUAUGCACGCUUAACUUUAAUAGCAUGGUUUGGCCAGUGUAUUGGCUCUCAAGUCCUUUUCCCAGUCGACUUCCAUAUCAAGGCAAUUACUUCAUUAAGACAAGUAAGAAAAAUAUUUCUUUUAUUUCAAAAUUAAUGUCUGUGUUCUUUCAUAAUUUCACAAAGGAUAUUCAUUUUUCAUAGAGUUCUUUAAGUCUUCUAUUGUUCGAGUUUUUCCACCCCCAUACAUUAGUUAGGAGUAGCCGUGUUCACAUGUUUUUAAUCUACUUGUGCAGCACUAUUUAUAGUGUCUCAGAAGUUGUUCGUACAUAAUGAUCAUCUCAUUUCCUGAACUAAGAUCAUGUUGAGGUGGUAGGGAGCUCACCUUUUACGCUAAAGGAUGAGAAAACGUUAUAGGCAUAAAUGCAGAAAAAGAAACAUGACAGUGGAGAUGUAGUAAUCAUCAUGCCAGUGGAAAAGGAGUCCAAUUCAUAGUCUAAAAUUUUAAUUGUAUUCUUAGGGGUCAGAUUUUAAUGAAUAUUUUACCCACAAUAACUGCCUAUUUUGUUAUA